AUGACGAACGGGGCAGGGGGCGCUGGCGCUUGGCCGUCGACGGGUCCCACUUCUCCUCCCGGUCCUCCUCAGGCUGUGCCAGCGGCUAUGCCUAGCCCUCGUAUGACGCCUCACCCGCACCCUGGGACACCUGCAGGUUUGCCGCCCGCGUUUCAGAGAAGACAAACUGAUUUGGAUACCUACAGUACUCGUACAUGCCCGGACUCCCUCUGGAACACUACAUGCCCCCGUAUUCUCCCCGUGGCCAGUAGCACAUGCCGCCGCAAGGCUUUCCUCCUCAACAGCAUCAUCCGCAAAGCCACCUCUCUCAUGCUCCUCCCGGUCCACCCGGGCUGCCCCAUAUUAUGCCUAUGUCUCCCCGUAAUCCCCGCCGCCACUGCAAGGGCCCAGCGUCCGCGCACCUGCACACACUAUCCCUGCCCAGCAUUAAACUCCCUCAAGCAGCGCGAGCUCCAUCUCCUCUCCUCCCUCAACCCCACAUCCCUCAGACCUGUGCUUCCUGCCGGCAAUGCAUGGCUGAACACAGGUGCCAGCGCGUUCGUACCUAGACAGUCGAAGGUUGUCAUCAAGGCCGCGGACAGCAAGGAGGUGGACUUGCAGGAGCUCAGGAAGCAGCAGGCGCAGGCUGGAGCGCCCAUUGCACUGCGGUCGCCUGCCCCCAGUCCGCGCUGCAAUAUCGUCCACAUGGAGACCGAGGAGACGAAGAAUCAGCGGCUCACAGAUGCGCGCGAGAAGGAGAGGCUGAAGAAGGAGGAGAAGUGCAAGAAGAAGGAGGAGGAGGUUGAGGAGAAGGAGAGGAAGGAACGGAAGGAACAGGAGCGGAAGAAGAGGCAGGAGGUGAAGGAGGAGGAGGAGCGGCAAGGAGGGCGAUGA